AUGCAGGCAGCAGAAAACAACACCACGGCCUCGCCACGGCCCGCUGGCGCUACUGCUGUUCUGAAAAGCGAGGAUAAGUCCUCAUCUCAGAGCAUGCGGAAGCCAAUCCAUUAUCCUUUUUGGUUUGGCGGCAGCGCCAGCAGCAUGGCAGCGUGUGUGACCCAUCCCCUGGAUCUCGUCAAGGUCCGCUUGCAAACCCGUACCAGUAGCAUGCCCUCUUCGAUGGUGGGGACCUUCGUCCACGUCGUCAAGAACGAAGGCCUGCGUGGCCUCUACAGCGGUAUCUCGGCCUCCUUGCUGCGCCAGAUCACCUACAGUACGACUCGCUUCGGCAUCUACGAGGAGCUCAAAUCGCGCUUUUCUUCGACCCACCAUACCGGUCCCGACGGCAAGCCGAAGCCCCCUUCCUUCCCUCUCCUGAUUGGCAUGGCUACAGUCUCCGGCGUCAUUGGCGGCAUUGCCGGCAACCCAGCAGACGUGCUCAACGUGCGUAUGCAGCACGACGCUGCUCUCCCCCCCGCUCGGCGACGCAACUACGCCCAUGCCAUUGACGGCCUGGUGCGCAUGGUGCGUGAAGAGGGCCCUGCCAGCCUGAUGCGCGGCGUUGGCCCCAACAGUGUACGUGCAGCGGCCAUGACAGCCAGCCAGCUGGCCAGCUACGAUAUGUUUAAGCGGACGAUGCUAGCGCUCACGCCGCUGCAUGACGGCUUGGUGGUGCACUUCACGUCUAGCUUCAUGGCUGGCGUGGUUGCUGCCACCGUGACCAGCCCGAUCGACGUGAUCAAGACACGGGUCAUGUCAGCGCACGGGAACCACGGUGUUCUGCAUGUUGUGAGGGAAGUGUCGGCCAAGGAGGGGUUGGGUUGGAUGUUUAGAGGAUGGGUGCCGAGCUUUUUGAGGCUGGGGCCUCAAACCAUCUGCACCUUCAUUUUCUUGGAAUCUCACCGGAAAGUGUACAGGAAACUUAAGGGCAUAGAAGAGGAGGAGUAA